AAUGCGUGAUUGCGACAUUUCCGACAGCAUGUGAAGGCAGCAUCAUCAGCUUCAUCCUGGAGGAGAACAUCUGGAGUACGGCUGCACAGGGCCGACACCACUCAGUCCUCGUUAGAAGUUACCUGUGCUGCUACUUUGGACCCCUCGACAUUUCGUAAACAACAACAACAACAGUCAUCAUGGCAGAAGCCCACCAGGCGGUGGCCUUCCAGUUCACGGUCACCCCAGAUGGCAUUGAUCUUCAUAUGUCCCACCAGGCCCUCACUGAGAUCUACCUUUCUGGUGUGCGCUCCUGGAAGAAGCGUAUCAUCGGACUCAAGAACAGUGUGAUAACGGGGGUAUAUCCUGCUAGUCCUUCCUCUUGGCUUUUUGUGGUCAUAGCAAUCCUGGCUACUAUGUACACACGCUCCGACCCCUCCAUGGGACUCAUAGCCAAGAUACAGGAGCACCUGCCAGUCAGCCAGUCUAUGAGUAACCAGUGCCAGACGUUGGUGUCAGCAGUGCUCUUCAGCACCAUGCUGUGGCUCUUGCUCAUCUUCACCAUGCGCAUGUGCCUCAAGCAGCUUCUCUCCUACCACCGCUGGAUGUUUGAGAAGCACGGCAAGAUGUCCAACACCACCAAAGUCUGGGUGGCGCUGGUGCGGAUCUUCUCUGGCAGAAAGCCUCUGCUCUACAGCUACCAGGGAUCGUUGCCAAACUUGCCUGUGCCUGCCAUCAAGGACACCGUCAAAAGGCACUUGGAAUCAGUGCGUCCGCUCAUGGAUGAUGCAGAGUAUGAACGCAUGACCAAGCUGUCAGCGGAGUUUGAGAGCAGCCUCGGUAAACGCCUGCACUGGUACCUCAAACUCAAAGCUCUAUGGGCCACCAACUACGUCAGUGACUGGUGGGAGGAAUAUGUCUAUCUACGUGGACGGAGCCCAAUAAUGGUCAACAGUAACUAUUAUGGCAUGGACUUCAUGUAUGUGACGCCCACUCCCAUCCAGGCGGCCAGGGCCGGCAACAGCCUUCACGCGUACUUCCUAUACCGCCGCAAACUCAACAAAGAAGAGCUUAAACCUACCCGUAUACCCGGCACUCUCAUUCCUCUGUGUUCAGCUCAGUGUGAGAGGGUAUUCAACACCACACGCAUUCCUGGAGAGGAGACCGACACUGUGCAACAUUGGCAGGACAGUGACUACAUAGCGGUAUACCACAGUGGCCGCUACUUUCGUCUCAGGAUGUACCAUGCAGGUAGACUCCUGUCACCCAGGGAGAUUGAAUUCCAAAUUCAGAAGAUCCUUGAUGACCCGUCACCUCCUUCCAAAGGAGAGGCCAAGCUGGGGGCCCUGACCGCUGGAGACAGAAUCCCAUGGGCUAAAGCUAGGAUGAAGUAUUUCAGCAGUGGGGUCAAUAAACGGUCUCUGGACUACAUUGAGAAAGCGGCCUUCUUUGUGUCCCUGGAUGAUGAUGAACAGGGUGGCAUGGCAGAUGAUCCGACGAGAUUAGAUUCAUACGCCAAGUCCUUGUUGCAUGGGAAAUGUUUUGACAGGUGGUUUGACAAGUCCUUCACAGUUGUUUACUUCAAGAAUGGAAAAAUGGGCUUAAAUGGAGAGCACUCCUGGGCUGAUGCACCAGUGUUAUCACACGCUUGGCAGUACGUCUUGUCCACUGACUGUUUCCAGCUUGGUUACAAUGCAGAGGGUCACUGCAAAGGAGAAGUGGAUGCAUCACUACCACAACCACAGAAGCUGAACUGGGAAAUCCCUCCAGAAUGUGAGGAGCAGAUCUCCGGGUCUCUGGCAGUGGCCCAGGCCCUGGCUGACGAUGUGGAUGUCCACGUCUUUGCCUUUGAAGAAUUUGGCAAAGGAAAGAUCAAAAGGUGUCGAGUCAGUCCAGAUGCCUUCAUUCAGUUGGCUCUUCAGUUGGCAUAUUACAGGGACCAGGGGAGAUUCUGUUUGACGUACGAAGCCUCCAUGACCCGUCUGUUCAAGGAGGGCAGGACCGAGACGGUUCGCUCCUGUACCAAUGAGAGCAGUGCCUUCGUCCGAGCGCUGGAAGGUGGCGAGGCAGCAGAUGUGUGCAGGCGUUUGUUCCAGGAAGCGUCGGAAAAGCACCAGCAUCUCUACCGCAUGGCUAUGACUGGAGCUGGCAUCGACAGACACCUCUUUUGUCUCUACGUGGUAUCUAAAUACCUCAGAGUGGAGUCUCCUUUCUUGAAAGAGGUGCUCUCUGAGCCCUGGCGGCUGUCCACGAGUCAGACUCCAUUGCAAGUGGAGAUGUUUGACAUUGUCAACUACCCAGAGUACGUCUCCUGUGGAGGGGGCUUUGGACCGGUGGCUGAUGACGGUUAUGGGGUGUCCUACUGCGCUUUGGGAGAUAACAUGUUUAACUUCCACAUCACAUGCAAGCAUUCAUGUCCAGACACUGGCGCCAAUAAAUUUGGUGCUCAGAUUAGAAAGGCUCUGCGUGACCUGCUACAGCUGCUGUGCCCCAACCAGACAGAGCUCAGGAAGACAGAAGUGAAGCGGCCAGAGUUCAAGAAAGACCUGUAGGCGGUUACUCGGCUUGACCGUGUCAUACCUUUGUUGGACCUAUGGAGACAAGAAGAAGGAACAUUCCUUCAAGUUAUCUAUUUAUUAUGUUACUAUUAUGAUCACAUGUUUACUACUCUGGUAGUGAGAAGACAACUUCUUGACAGCAGCACCUAUUUUAGAGUCGACAGAAACUUACUUGGUUUAAAAUGGCUUCACUCACAGCAGAGUCAUUAAAGUCUAAGGAUGAACUUGACUUCAUUUCCACCCUCACAACUUUCCAUUUUUUGGCUCCUUUGGCUAAACAAAAAACAACAAAUACUUUCGGUUUGUUUUGUCGAAUCACUCAUGUUUAGGAUGACAUUUAAAGAAAAAAUAUACUGUACUUGACUGAAUCAGAUAUUAAAUGCUCACCAAUAUAGCAGUAGAAGGGAAGGCGGGUAGAACAACCUCUGUCAUACCAGGUCCUGUGAGAGAUACUAAACAAUGCACAUAAUCCAUCAUGAUUUGGCUGAGAGUCGUCCCAGUAUCUGAAGGAACUGUCACUCUGGUCCGACCAUUUCCACUCAUCUCUGAACAAACCGAUCCAAAAGGACGAGAAUUUCCCAUUUUUACCAAACAUUUUCUUUAAUGCCUGGUUUUCAAUGUGGCUCCUCACACUAGGCAAGUCAACAGCUCUCAGGCGACAGUGCUUUUGGGCUUGCCUCCAUGACUUCUCUAGUUUGACAACAUAAAACCCACUGGACUUCCCAUCUGUGAAUAUUGCAAAAUGUAUUGUAGAGGUUAAAACGUUUGAAGAGAAUGGGGGGAAAAAAAUACACACUGUGUUGCAUGCACUUAAAGAGAUACUCCACUCAUAUCACGUUUGAAUUGUUGCAAAAAGUCAGAUUUUUUAAAAGAAUGGUGUAAACCAAAGCAGCACACCGUCAAUUCUGGCUGCACCUUGUAUCGCAUGUUACAAUUCUCUCUCUUUGCCCAGAAAUGCCCCAAAAAGGAACCAAAAAUAUUUCCUCAGUUAAAGGAACCUUGUCUAGGUAGCAUUUAGGGGAUCUAUUGGCACACGGGACAUCAUUUUAAAUAGUAUAUUUGCUUUAGUGUAUAAGCACUGGCUGGAAACUGGUUGACUAUUUAUUGUCCAGCAGCAAUGACUGUGUGGUGAAAUUUUACACUUCAGUUUUUAUAUGAAUAACACAAGCCGGAUAUGAUGUUAGAACGUUAAAGGUUCUGGUAGGUGGACCCAGAUCCAGACUACCCGUUUCCAGUCUUUAUGCUAAGCGAAUGAUCUAUCAAUGAAAGGGAAUAACAAUGAGGUCACGCAGCUGACCUUCAAAAAGACGAGUGGCAUCACUCUCUAAGGCAAUGCUGGUGGAAUUAGAGCCAUCUUACCUUCAUGACAGAUAAAAGGAAGUGUUGUUUCACAGAGGGUACUGAUCCAUUUCCCAUCUU